AUGUCCACGGUUUUCGAAGUCCCCGCAAUGGCAAUAAUAAAGGAGUUGGUGCAAACCGCCUCGGAAGCGUGCGUCUUCGUUUUCAGCGGUGAGGGCGCCCAUGGUACAGACACGGACAUCUCCGUCCUGAAGCUCAGCCCAUCGUGGCCUGCUGUGCAGCAAGCUCUGCGUGAGGUCGGGCAGGUGGAUCCCGAGGCAUUCUUGCAAGAGAACCUCGGAGAACACACUGCUCCGAACUCGCCCCUGGUCACGGUGUCGCUGAAUAUUCUGCAUGCGGACCUCUGGCAGCACUGGGGCCUGCAGCCUUCAGUGGUCCUUGGCCACUCCGUGGGCGAAAUUGCUGCAGCCUGUACCGCCGGCAUCCUGAGCAUCAGCCAGGCCAUCAGCAUCGCGCACAGCCUUGGCACUGCUAUGGAAAGCUUCCCUGGCGAGAUGGUCCACACCGAGCUCCGCCGAGCAACCCUGAAGGAGUUUCCAAAGUCUGGUCUCCACCUGGCUGCCAUCAACUAUGUCAUCGCAAAGGGCGACAGCGAGGAAGGGGACCUUCUCAGCGUGACCUUGUGCGGCACCGGCUCCGAGGAGUACUUGGCAUUCGAUCCAGCUGCCAUGAAGCUGCGGCCUUGCCAUCCUUGGCAUCAUCCGGAGGCUCCAGUGCCCUCUGAACUUCCAAGCGGCAGCGCCGGCCGAAUCCCUUUCAUUUCGGCAGUUUCUGGUGUGCAGCUGGCGGAGCUCCCGAAGGACCACUGGCAGCAGUGGCAACGGAGCCCCGUGAAGUUUGCAGAGGCUUUGAGCCUUGCGCGCAACCUCUCAGAAUCCAAAGGGGUGCGAGCCACCGUGCUGGAGAUGGGUGCCCAUCCCGUUAUGGCCGCUGCCAUCAAGGCCACGUUCUCAGACGGGCUCAGCUAUGCCUGCUCCAUGCGUCGCGGAGAGCGGGCAGCUCCGUUCUUGCGGCAGCAGCGCGCCGGCUUGGCCAACUUCCGCAGGCAGCUGUCGCAAGCGCUGGAAGGCUUCAGCUUUGCUGGCCGGGAGCUGUGCCACAGCACAAGUUUUGCAGCCCAGGGCAUUGCAUCGCAGCAACUGGUGAUGCUGGCGGAGGCCUUGAGGCCCUUCUUCCCGGGCCUUGCGCCGCACGACCUCUACCGCUUCAGCAGCAUCGAGGAUCUCUUGGACUGGGGCGCGGAUGAGAUGUCGGAGACCUUUACCCCACCGAAGACGGCGAAAGCGCAGGAGCUUCACUUCGAGAUCCUGGGAUGCGCCCUCCGCUUCCCGGGCGGUGUGGAGACGCCGGGCGCUUUCUGGAGCAUGCUGCUUCAAGACGACCAGGAUGCCGCUUUUGCCACCGCCUCGAAGGAGGGUCCUCAAGCUGCCUUCCUUCAGCCCAAGUUCGAUUCUCGCACUGCGCUGAUGGCCGAGGGCCUGAAGGGCCUGGGAGUCGAAGGCGCGGAAGCCGCUGCCAUGGAUCCGCAACACGGCUUCGCGUUGCAGCUGGCAGCGGAGAUGUGGCACGAUGCUGGCGGUGCCAAGGAGGAAGCCUUGGCCCAGCCGGAGCGCGUGGGCGUCUAUGUUGGAGCCUGGCAGCCCGCUAUCUCGGACCCCCGAGCCUCGGCCUAUGCGGUGAUCGGCUCCUCGCUCAGCGCCCUGGCUGCCCGCGUGGCCAACGCUUACAACUUGCAGGGCCCUGCGGUGACCGUGAACACGGCUUGUUCCUCGGCUCUUGUGGCAGUCCACCAGGCCAUGCAGGAAGCUCGCGCAGGACAGCUGGCCUAUGCUGUGGCUGGUGGAGUGAACUUGUUCGGGGAGGACACGCAGCUCUUCAAGAACCUCCGCCGAGCCGGGAUGCUGAGCCCGACUGCCCGGUGCCACACCUUCUCCGCAAGAGCCGAUGGCUACGUGCGCGGGGAGGGCGGCGCCCUCUUCCUGCUGCGCUCAGCCUCAGGCUCAGGUGGCUCAGGGCUGCCCUCGCGUGCGCAGCUCUGGGGCUCGGCGGUGACCCAGAACUCCACACAGAAGCCGCUGUCCUCAGUGGACCCGCUCGCGCAGGAGCGCGUCAUCCGAAUGGCCUGUGCUAGCGCCUCCGUGACCCCAGCCAGCCUCGCAGCCGUGGAGCUGCAUGGUACAGGCACGCCUUUGGGCGAUCCUGUGGAGGUUUCAGCCCUAGCUCGGGUGGGCUGCGCCGCCAUUAUGACGGCCUCCAAGAUGCACGUGGGUCAUCUGGAGUCGGCAGCCGGUGCAGUUGGUCUUGUGAAGGCCGUGCUCCUCUGCGAGAACUCCCUCGUGCCCUCCUUCAAUAUCCACGGAGGCCUGAACCCCCAGGUUCUGGCUGCAAUGGAAGGCUCCUGCCUCAAAAAGCCAGGAGAUGAGGCCGAGCUGCCCGCCGGUGCCUUUGUGGGCGUCUCCAGCUUCGGCUUUGCAGGCAGCAACGCCCACGUGGUGUUGUCCGCAACCCCAAGCGCCAGGGCUUGUCCCAAGUACGAGUCCAAGGGAGCCUGGGAACGACCCAUUCCUUCUCGGCAGUAUGAGCAGUCGAUUGCGGAGACGUUGUCCACCACCUCUCCUCGAUCACAGCGGUCGCAGGAGCAAGCCCCGUUCUCGAGUGUCGUUAGCAACGGGAACCGGCUGUUCUCCGUGGCCGAGAAUGCGGAGGCAGAUGCAGAGGACGCCGAGGACGUGGACGUGAGUUCGCUGAGCUUUGUCGGCAGCGCUGUGCUGUCCAUCGUGGGCGGCGAUGCAGAGGUGGACGUCGAUGCUGAUCUGUAUGACCUGGGCAUCGAUUCCUUGGGACUGGCCGAACUUCUGGGCCUGUUGGAGGACCGCUUUGGCCAAGCCUGCAUCAGCAUUGACAAGAUCAUAGACGAGCCUACGUGCAGGGCCAUCGUCAAGAACUUGGAGGAUGGUGGUUUCAAGGCAAAGGUGGAGAUCUCGGGAACACCUCUUCUUCCCCGCAAAGUUCAAGCGCCGCCCCGCAACGUGGCCCCUGCGUCUGUUGCAGCUUCCGUCUCUCCUCUCCCGGCCAACGGCUUCGAAGUGUCCGCUGCGAUGCAAGAGCCAAAGCAGUCAGUGGCUUCAGAAGAUCUCAGCAACUGCUGGAUUCGAACUACCCAUGUUGGCUCAUUGCCUCGGCCGAACGAUGCCAACUUGGACGUGGAGGAGGCCAUUGCUCAGCAGGAGGCCGUCUCCGUGGACAUCAUCAACGAUGGUGAGUGGGUUCGCGACAACUACAUCGCUGACGUCAUCGCCCGGAUUGAGGGGCUGAAUGAUGAUGGCAAGGGGGCAAAGCAUGUGGGGGCCAGCUGCUGCGCCAAGCAUGCAAUGCCUAUUGCCUCAGACAUGAAGGACGUGCCCCUCUAUGCCCAGCGCUUCACUGGUGGAAACGGCCUCAUCACUCUGAAUCCCAAGCGAGAGGCAACCAAUUGCUUCUUCCAAUGCCACGCUGCCUACGUGGCUGCGCUGGGCGAGGCCCUCGCGCAGGAGUACGCUGAGAUCGCGGGGCGCGGUCUGCUGCUGCAGGUCGACUGCCCUGAUCUGGCAAUGGGUCGCCACACCAGGUGGUCCGGUUUGACGGACGCGGAGUUUCUGGAAGUUGCGCGUUGCAACAUCGUGGCCCUGAACCGUGCAUUGGAGGACGUGCCCACCGAGCAGAUUCGAGUCCAUGUCUGUUGGGGCAACUACGCCGGACCUCACCACAGGGACAUGCCGGCCGAGCUGCUGUGGCCGCUCAUUGGAGAGAUCAAGGCCAAGUAUAUUCUGGUGGAAGGUGCCAACCCGCGGCAUCGGAUUGACGUUGCCGCCUUUGAGGACGCAGUCCAGAAGGGCUACUUCAAGCCGCACCAGGUUAUUGUGCCCGGACUGGUGGACACCACUACAGCUCGAGUGGAGGACCCCAAGCUUAUCGCUGAGAGCUUGCUCCGCUACGUGCGCGCAGUUGGUCAUCCCAGCCGCGUAAUUGCCAGCACUGAUUGCGGCUUCGCUUCUACUGCCAAAUCCACGGCGGUCUCUGCGGACAUUGCCUGGAUGAAGCUCCGGAGCCUCGCAGAGGGUGCUGCCUUGGCCACUUGCCGCUAUAUCGACCAGCGCGCCCCGGUGCCCUGCCGCUCCCCGAACUUCAUGCCGACGCCCUUCCGCCCGGUGAUCUUCGCGGAGGGCUCCAGCAACUACGUCAGGGAGCUGCAGGCGGCAUUCUCAUGUCUCACCGUGCAUCCGGCCAGCAUCUUUGCUGAGGACGGCUUCGACAGACUCCGCUGGGUUGUGGAUGCGCCGCUGGCUUUUGUGGCGCUCGGGUCACAAGGUCUGCAACUGGCUGAAGCCACCAUGGGCCGUCUCAAGGCUGAUGGUGCUGUGUCCCGGCGCCCGGCCACGCUUACGGUGGCUGCUGAGCAAGAGGCGCCCUUAACACUAGCAGCGAGGGCCCGCGAUCUCGCUUUGCAGCAGACGGGCUUUGACAAGCGAUGUUUGGUUCUGCCUCGCGUCGCAGCGCCUCCAGCCUCUGCGGAUGUCGUCGUCGUGGGUGCAGGGCUUCUUGGAAUGCUCACAGCACACCGCUGCCGCAGCGCCGGCUUCAGCGUCGCUGUUCUGGAGCAGCGGGCCCUGGUGGGCGGCAUCUGGUCCAUGUACGCCAACUCCACUUCCCAGGUGAACAGCUCCGAGGGUGGCUACUGCAUCAAGGAGCUUCUGGGUGAGGAGGACGGCAAGGCCGCCUGGGACAACCGGGACCACAGCACCGCCGCCGAGGUCCUGAAAGACUUCGCCAAGCUGGGGGACCGCCUGAAGGAGCAGAUUUUCACUUCGGUGCGAGUCGUCAAAAUCCUGGGCGAAAACGGAAGGUACACCGUGCUCUUUGAGGAUGGAUUCUCACAAAGCGCCGGCGUGCUCCAAUGCCGCGGAGUGGUUCUGUGCAUCAACGACCGAGUGGGCAUCCCACGUCCUCUGUCGGUGCCGCGAGCAGACUUUGCUGGUGUGGUGGCAGAUGGAACAUCAGAUUCUUUGGCAGGCAUGGAUUGGCGCGGCAAGCGCGUGGUUAUCGCUGGGAUGGGAGCCUUUGCCGUGGAGAACGUUCGCACAGCUCUGGAGCAGGGCGCAUCCGAGACCAACGUGAAGCAAUUCCUCCGCUGGAAGCAGCUUUAUGAGCGGUCCACUUGCACUGUGCCGGAGUGCUGGCCUAAGCAGGUAAAGCAUGACGGCCACACCAUCUCCGUCAGCGACAUCUGGUUUGUUGCGCACUUCAUGCAGAAGCUCCGCACGGCCGUGGGAGAGAUCCAGCGCUUGGUGAAGGAUGGGGUGAUCCUGUCGAGUGGCGAGUUCAUUGCUUGCGACGUGGUUGUCGGCUGCAUCGGCUUCGAGCGCUCAAGCUUUCUGUGUGAGAAGCUCACUGGUCGAAGCGAGGUGCGUGCCACCAAUUACCUGGACAAGGACAUGAUGUACCUGGCGGAUGCUGAGAUUGAUGAAGGUGCAUUCAACUCCUUCUUCGGCUCCUCCGUGCUGGAGUAUGGGAAGUUCUUCAGCCACGUCUUCGUUGAGGGCCUCCGCCGACCUGAGGACUUGGGCGAGUCUCUCUGGGGACGGGAUGCACCUUCCGUGUCCAUCAAUCAGAGGAAGUGGAAUCAGUAUAUCGCCGCGGCCAUGAAGCUCAUCGAGGAGGAUGCGACCAUUGCGGGGCACGCCCGCCACCAGGUGGAGGAGCGCCGAAAGCACUUCUGGCGUACGCUGCCUCCAGCCAGCUUCCUGGCCGUGAACCGACGCGAGUGGGAGGAGCUUCACCAGCAAUUGAAUGGUGGAGUCCCGGUGCCGAAGGAGCAGCAGCUGCCGUACUUCUUUGAGGAGAUUCCUGAUUGGUGCUGA